AUGCUCCACGCGCCCUCCUCAGAUAUCACAGGCUUCCAACACCCUCGAGCCAUGUUAGAGCCGCCAAAAUAUUCUCGGGAACAUGGCACAGUAUCCGACCACGACUUACAGCUGCAGCGACCUUUUCCGGAGCGUGACCAAGGAGAUGACCGAUUAGAGGAGGAGGAGGUCGACGAGGUUGUCUUGGAAGACAUGAAGAAGCUUGAGGACACAUUUCCAGGUAUCUCGGAUCGCUUUCGAUUAGUGAACAGAAUUGGUGAAGGCACUUUCUCGACCGUAUACAAAGCCGAGGAUCUCCUAUAUGACCAAUAUAGAAAUGAUUGGGACGUGCUCCAAGGCAAUUCAGGCGAUGGAUGGGGAAAUCCGCUGUUUAAACGACGUCGAGUUGAAGGCGAGAAUGGGAAUGCAAUGCUCAUCAGACGAAGGAAACCGCGGUAUGUUGCGCUGAAAAAAAUCUACGUCACUAGCAGCCCCUUGCGCAUUCAGAACGAACUCGAAUUACUACACGAUCUCCGGGGGUGCCGAUCGGUUUGUCCUCUGAUAACUGCAUUCCGUCAUCAUGAUCAAGUCGUUGCCGUUUUGCCCUUCUUCCCCCAUACCGACUUUCGACUCCAAUAUAGGACGUUCAUGGUGGCUGAUAUGCGUCAUUACUUCCGAUCGUUGUUUACUGCAUUGCACUCGGUCCAUAAGCACGAUAUACUACACCGUGAUAUCAAGCCAACCAACUUCUUGUACAACCCGGACUUACGAGAAGGCGUUUUGGUCGAUUUUGGCUUAGCAGAACGCGAAGGUUCAGAAUACACUGGUACAUGCCUGUGCACAAGCACAAGCUCUAUGCGUCGCACGCGAUACACGCAAAGUUACCACUACAUUCAAUGUGCCUCAUCCGGCCUCGCCGUAGGCUAUCCGAAAAGCGACUCUCGGCCGUCAAGGCGUGCCAAUCGUGCAGGGACUCGAGGAUUUCGCGCCCCCGAAGUUCUGUUCAAAUGCACAUCUCAAACAACCAAAAUCGACAUGUGGUCCGCUGGCGUAAUAUUGCUAACAUUGCUUGGCCGUCGAUUUCCAUUCUUCAACUCAGCCGACGACGUUGAUGCAUUAAUUGAAAUGGCAAGCAUAUUCGGCACUCGGCGCAUGAAAAAUGCCGCCGCCAUGCACGGGCAGAUCUUUGAUACCAAUAUCCCGACAAUUGGUGAGAAGGGAUAUAGCUGGGAAAAGCUUGUGAAAUGGUCUAGCUGUGUCGAGGAGCUAACAGAGAGCGAAAAACAAGCUACCCGGCUGUUGGCAGGACUGAUGGAAUUAGAUCCAUCCAAGCGUCUUAGUGCAAAAGAGGCCAUGCAACACGAAUUCUUUACGAAUCCUAUCGACCACGAUGUUGAAUGGGGAGGGCCAGAGGACAGCGCCGAUAGCGGGAGAGAAGAUGAACGCGAUAAAGGUCGGGACGAAGAUGAUGAUGACGACGAAGUGGACAUGGUAUAA